CACAGUGGCUCGCGUAAGAUCAAGUGUCCAAACUCAACGCCCCUCAUACAGGUAAAUUAUUGGAUAGAACACACCAUGGAUGAUCCGGCCUUUCCCAGCACAGUUGACACACAAACAGGCGGGCAGUCUUCAACACUGACAUCAACAGCGCGGGUCGGAGUUAGCCUAAACAUCGACUACAUCAAGAGUAUACCUGGGAUAUUGAAAGUAGUGGAACUGCUGUUCGGCCUGAUCGUUUGGGCAUGCGUGGCCUCCUAUGUUUAUGCUGGAGGACAGCACUGGGUGAUGUUUGUGGCGGUGACGUCAUGGUUGUUUACGCUGCUGCUCUUCAUCUUCUGUCUGCUGUCCCUCCGUGAUACCAUGCCUGUAGUAUCCGGAUUCAACUGGAAUCUCAUAGAAAUGGUGUACGCUGCUGUUGUGACGUUCUGUUACUUCAUAGCGGCCUGUGUUCAGGCUGGUACUACGGGAGUCGGCGGGAACACUUUCAUGGCCAGAGGACACUACUCUACUUACGCAGCAGCGGCGGCUUUCGCCUUCCUGGUGACCAUUGCGUACGGUGUGGACCUUUUCUUCGCGUUCCAGUCGUGGCGCGGUGCCGGAGGACAGCUGCCGUCCUUCACAUCAUCAUCACCAUCCUCCCAACCUACUGCACCCACCAAGGCAGAGGAGGCACAAGGGUAGAGCACGGGCUUCGUCUGCCCUCCUCCCCAUUUAGAAAUCAAUCAACUUCAUAUACUUUGUAUGACUGGGAACAAACAUUUAAAUACAUGUAGUACAUUUUGACCUGUUUCUAAUGAUAACCUUUAUUAAAAUGAUUAAAAUGGACACUACAAAUGUGAUGCUUUUAGUCUAAUUUUCUAGGGUAAAAGCUGUUUGUAUGUAGCCAUGCCUCAAUUGUAUCAAGGAAAUGGAAGUACAGGGACGUCAUGAGGAAAACAAAUAACAGAUGAAAGGUUUGCUAGCGAAGUAAAACUUGAAUGAAUAUGAGUACUAUGCAUGGCUGGUUUAUGUCUUGUUUUGUAUAGAAGCCAAAGCAAUUGUACCUGACAUCGAAAGAAAGUAUUGAAG